AUGCCGACGAUGAUGAAGGUGGUUGACAUGAUAUUCGGCGUGUCUGCAUCCAAACUUGCCCGACUGACAUGCCGCAAAAUAUUCCAGCUAAAGUUGCUUGCCGGCGAUGUCAUAAGCGACGAGUUAGGUGCGACCGAAGUGAAGGCAAGUCUUGUUCUCAGUGUCGGACUGCCCGAAUCAACUGUGAACCCAUACUCUCCCGCCGUGGACGGUAUACACCGGAAACUGCCGUUCGCUGACGUGCUCACCACUUCAACCCAGCCUGUGCUGCCGAACGUGCCGGCUUCGUCAACCGUUGGAGAUGCCGGGCCAACUCACUCUAGAAUCAAUGAGCGCCUUGAUAGUCGACGAGAGCACCAUGAAGGACCUCAUGUCAGACUUAGCGAUACCGGAACAGGUUCAAUGUCGUCUCUACCAGCCCUUCGGUCCAGCGGCAGAACUCCUUAUGUGACCGACCCAUCUAACAUCAAUUAUCUCAUUCGAGAAUUUGGCUACCCAGGUCAAAACGCCACGGACGUCCUGCCUAUCGAAGAGUACCUUCGUAGAGCCAUGUUAGAGUGGCUCGGUUCACCGACAAUAGAGCAUGUCGAGGGACUUCGAAGCUCUACCAUCGGGAGGCUCAAAAAUGAAGGAGCUUUCGACCUGCCGUCGGGAGAUAUAAGCGCUGCUCUACUAAACGCCUUUUUCCAACACCCUUUUCCUUCGCUGUCAGUCAUUGAGCGAUCUGAUUUCAUGAAAAGUAUUGAAACAGGCACAGUGCCACAUUUGUUGUUGAAUGCGAUAUACAUGGUUGCCACUAUUUACUGCCCUGAUUCGGUCAUUGACGAAGCUGGUUUUGCAACCCGCUAUGUGGCCAGCCUCACUUUCUACAAUCGAGCUAAAGAUAUUUAUGAUACAGGCUAUGAAACUGAUGCAGUUGUGGUCAUACAAGCCACUUUCCUUCUUUCCCAUUGGUGGAGUGAUCCCCUCGAACAGAAAGACCCAUGGUAUUGGCUGGGUAUAACGGCAGGAAUGGCGCAAUUACUUGUACGUCCGCUUCCCAAUCUCUUCAAGUUUCGUGUUUGUAACGUCUCGAAACAUUACUUCACUUAUUUACCCACUCACCAUUCCAACAGCCAAUAUCAACUUCUUUUCCAUCGGAAGUGCCCAGACGCUGCACAGAACAUGGGCCCUGGCUCUCCCAUAUUUGAAAUAUGCACAAGAUUGUUCCGCAUGCUUGAGGACUUGGCGACGAGCGGUAAUUUGUUUUCCGUUGCUGGCCAUGCGCUCCCCGCCGUAAUGGCGUCAGUCUGUUUCCAUAUCGUGAACACCAGCAAAGGAGACACACAAGUCAAAUCGAUUUCAGAGCAUCGAGCACGUUUUUGCUUGCUCAUUCUCAAAGACUUACGGGCCUCAUGGCCAAUCAUUGCAUCGGUUUACCCUUUUUUCACAUCAAUGUUCAGGCGAUAUUCUGGUGUAUCUUUUUCGGACUGCGAGAAGGAUGAACUGUGUUGUUCGCAACCGACCCAGCAAACAGGUGACCCUGCAAUUAUUAGUGAGGAUGUUGUCCGUGCUCCAGAGGGAGACACUUCGUUGUAUGGACGGUUUCUACAUGAUGAGAAUUCGGCCGUGCUCAAUUCCACAUUUCCAUUCACCUAUCUUUUCGAAGACGUCUUCCUGACACCGUCACUUAUUGACACUACAUUAUGA